GCAGUAGGCAGGCUAUAGCGCUGCUGGUCGGCAUUAGCGCGAGCGCGAGCACAGAGCUAGCUGUUUGUUCCGCGCGAAUAAAAACAAACAGAAAACAGGAUAAUAAACAAAUUGUUUUCUUUUUUUUUUUUAAUAACUAAACUUAUACGUAUUGAUACAGACUGGUUUAAUAAGCUCCAUGUCCCGGAAGUGAACUCGAACAGGACGGCUUUCUCUGACCGCAGGGCUAAAAGAUGUGCGAUGGGAUGGCCACACGUUCACACGCUCUGGUGAUCGUGGCACUGCAGCUGCUUCUCUUCCUCACCACGCUCCCCACAGGCCAGGCCUCAGGUUGUUCCAGGCCUUCGUCGGUGCUGCAUGGCCGAGGAAACCUCACAGAGACCAACCGCGGCUCCUUCCCCGUGGGCACGGUGCUGCAGUACAGCUGCGAUUCAGGAUACACACUGAGUGGUGAGAGCGUCAUCACGUGUAUCACACCAGGACACUGGUCUUCUGCCCCACCGCACUGCCUCAGAAACGACGUGUGUCGCCCCCCGAGCGAGCCGGAGAAUGGGGGCUACAUGUGCCACCCCUCGCCCUGCCCCAGACUGACCGAGGGCACAGUGAUAGAGUAUUUCUGUGACGAAGGCUACACGCUGAAAGGAUACAGAUACCACACAUGUAGGAACGGAGACUGGGACUCGGCAGCGCCCAUCAUCUGCCACCUGGGGCAGGGAAAGGAAGAGCGCUCGUCUCUCGGUAUGCCAGCUCUCUCUAUCAUGGCCUCGACCGCCAGCUCUGUCGCACUCAUCCUGCUGCUUGUCGUCCUCUUCGUCCUGCUGCAGCCUAAACUCAAAUCCUUCCAUCACAGCAGACGUGAUCAGGGCGUAUGCGGCCAGGCACCUUCAGUCGUCGUAGAGGGAGUACAGGUGUCUCUUCCUUCGUACGAGGAGGCGGUGUACGGCAGCGGCGGCACAGCGGCUCCUGCCCCGCAGUCCCGCGUAAACAUCGUGCUCUCCGAGGGGCCGCAGACGGAGCCUACUGCUUCAGAGGUCAGCCAAUCCCGAGCCGAGCACAGCCUCCCCUCCACUUCCACUCCUGCACACUCCUGUCAAGCAGAAACCGUGCUUGUUCACCAGGACCCCUCUACCUCCUCUCCAUCCUCAUCCUCCUCCUCCACCUGGGUGUCGGAGCAGCGCGGGGCAGCAGCAGCAGCAGCGCGUAGGCCAAGCAGCACGAGCAGCGACCAGCACAGCCUGCUCUCGCUCACCUCCGUAGAGGAAUAUGGAGACGAUAUCCCUCUGCUGAAGGAGGCCUGAGAGCACACGCUCUGUGGACGACGACCAGGACUGUGUCUCCUUAAGCUUUGUACCAAACCCUUCCCCCAUUGCUGCCGUACAGAACGCAGGAGUAACCAAAUGCCUCUCCACCCACCCACCACCCACCCCUUCAGCUCUCUAUAAACUCUCCGAGUCUGUCUGCACCGCGUGUAACUCGCCUGCCUCAGUGUAAAACCCCACCGUCACCACAUCUUCACAUGCUCCAACCUUCUCCCUCAUAGCACCAUAGCACAGAUGCUCUAGAAUACACAGGACUAUGUAUAAGGCGUACAUAACAGCCCGAAUAACACGUUUAUAAACGCCACCUCUUCCCUCAGCACUGUACUAACAAGUGGCUGCACUCACAAUGCCUCUGUUCUUCUUCUUCUCACACGAUCGCCCCCCAUACUUUCAGUCAGGUUCCGAGGAAACCAUCAGUGACCGUGACCUCUCAGCCACGAGGUCCGCUAAAUCAGGUCGUCUUCAUUUUUUUCUUCUUCUUCUUUUUCUUUUAACGCUGCAUGAUACGUGCACCUCAAAAUCCCAAACGAUCGAGCAAGCGCACACACGAGGACACGCAUGCUUCACAGGACGGCCGGACCAGAGAGAUACAGGGACGAACUGCUUUACGUUGUACUGUACUCAAAGACAUGCUUGCCUUUCUGUUCACCGUGUGUGUGCGUGUGUGUGUGUGUUUUUGGCUUUACAUGUUUGACUGAAUGAAGAGGGCUCAAAUGUGUUUUUUUUUUUUUGUUUUUUUUUUAAUUCAGCGCAAGAUUGUUAUUUUACCUCCUGGUUUUUUUUUUUGUUUGUUUGUUUUUUUAAACCCGAGAGAUUAUCAUUUAUAUCCCACAUCAUAUAUCAUAUCCUAUCAUAUAUCACAUCCUAGAACAAACCUUCAUUCGUCCGUUUGCUUUAAAACGUCUUCGGGUUAUGCGGUUAGUCCGGCCGUGUGCACGAGGAUCACUAAAUGAUCACGGUAAGAUGAGAGAUCAGGAACACUGUCAUGAAAGGGUGGACAGAUCGCUGACUUAGGCAAUGACUUUAUUAUUAUUAUUAUUAUUAUUAUUAUUAUUAUUAUUACAGAACCCUAAAAAAUUUUUUAAAAAAGAAGAAGAGGAACGGUGUGUUUCCGUACGCUAAAUAAUAAUAGCGUACUCCUAAAUACAAACAUUUCCUCUUUUCAGGAUCACAAACCCACGCUGCACCGUGCACAAAAAUAAUGACGCCUUUUCACACGACGUAUUUAUUAGCUCCAGACGACGCUAGUGAUAUUCCCAGAACGUCGACCGGACAAAACGAGGCAGAAGACGACGACGGCGACCGACCGAGACGUCGACGAGGACGAACGUCGUCUUUUACGCGCGAUGACGGAUUACUACGUCACACACGUAGAGAUUUCAGAGAGGAGCAGGAGAGAAUAAAGUCUCGCGCCUCUCAUCCGUCGUCCGAACCGACGUUAAUGAUGCUAGUCAUUUCAGCCUAACGAUUAUUAGACUUUACGCAGUAAUAAACGUAGGAUUUGUCCACCCUUGAACAAAUCUCGCUAAAGCGAACAGCAGCUCGCGGUGAUUUCUGGGCAUUUUUGCAUGCGCGCUUUCUCAUCACACAGUAACUAAUCGCUGAUGGUUGGAAAAGUCGGACUGGAUAAAGACGCAUCAUGAUAUUUCGGCUCGGUUACAGAAACACGAGGGUCGGGUUUGCGCGCUCAGACGUCCUUUUUAUUUAUUGAUUUUCUUUUUCCCGGUCGGAGAUGAACCCGAGCUUUCGCCUUAAUAGACUCGUACGUUUCAUUCUUUUCUUUUUCGUGAGCGUCUUUCUUCCAUCACGGAACGGCCUCGAUUUCGUCCUUACAGCCUCGACAUUUUAUUUCCUAUGCAUCAACAGUCUUACGGCUUUAUCCCAAGGUGUCGGGUUCUUUCUUUCUCCGUCAUUACGACGCCGUUUUCUUCUCCAAAGCCUUCAACAACAAACUCCCCCGUCGGUGACUCCGACGUCCGAAGUUUGCUGCAGGUCUGAAAGUCGGACUUUCUGUCGUUUAAUCGAAGGACACCGUCGUAUGGUGCGACCGUCUCAUCUUACUCUUCUCGGCUGUUCGUUUGUUUGUUUUUUCUCUUCUGUACAUUGCAGUGGGUGUGAAGAUAGUAUUUUAAUAUUUGUAUAAAGUUUAAUUUAAUUCUAAUGUUUGUGUGUAUAUAACUAUUUCUAAUUAAAACUUUCUUUUAAAGUGCAA